UUGACAUCAGUAUUGAGAAGUUAUUAGGAAAAAUACUUUGAAUUAAAUGAAUAAGCUCACUGUUUUUAUUGUUCUGAUGCUUGUGUGCACAGAUGAAGCGAAAAAAGCAAAAGAUGGAAGAUAUGGCAAAGAUGGAUCAAAAGGAAGGUUCGGUGGUGGAAAAGGUGGCACUGGAGGAACUGCUGGAAAAGGUGGUGAAAGCAGUUCCUUUGGAAUAGGUGGGGAAGGAGGGGAUGGAGGUCAUGGUGGAAAAGGUGGAGAAGGUGAAGGUGGAGGUUUUGGAGGAGGUGGUGGCGCUGGCGGACAUGGUGGAUCUGGUCCCAACAGCAGAGGUGGUGCAGGAGGCUCAGGUGGUGCUGGAGGCGCUGGAAGAGGUGGAGGCCAUGGUGGAUCAGGUGGUGGUGGAGGCCAUGGUGGAGGUGGCGGUCAUGGUGGAGGUGGUGGUGCUGGAGGUCAUGGUGGUUCUGGCGGUCAUGGUGGAUAUGGUGGUUCUGGCGGCUCUAGUAGAAGAAAUUAAUAUUGUGAAUAAUUUAAGCAUAGUAUUGCUGAAGAACUCAUACUCAAUAAAUAAUUUUUGUUUCUGUAAAUAAUAUGUGCAAUACAAAAAUGAACAUAAAAAAUACAAUAUGAAGGUUUUUCCCAGAUCACAUAAUAUUUUUGGAUCUAAACUAUGAGCAUGCAAAUUUGUUAAAGUACCUAACUUUUUAAAUGUUAUGAUUUAGUAUUUCAAUCUGAAGGAAAAUUGCAGG